AUGUCUUUUCUGAAAUGCCCUUUGAGCCCUCGCUCCCUCGAGCAGAGCCCUCGAACUGAAGAUAGUGACCUCCCCACACCGAGUGCAGUACCGAUCAAACGUGAACGCGGUCGUCUUCAACGCAGAAAAGGACCCGCAUCCUCUAGUCCUUCUACUGUGCCGACCACUUCUCGUGCCACUCGCUACUCUGAGCGCAUUCGGAAUCUGCAGGCCAGUGUCAGUCGGGCUCUAGGCAUCCAGUCGUCUGCGCAAGAAAUCUCACCUAUCAGCCUUGCCAAUCCGGCCUCAACCGAGCUCCCUUCCAGUCCACCAACUGCUGUGGGCUUGCAGGGUUACCAGACACUGACGCCUGCCCAGCAGGCUUUCUCCGCCGACUCACCUCCCAUUCUUCCAUCAGGCCCUGCUGAGGGGUUGCAGAGUGAAAACUCGUUUGAGACACUCGAACCCUUUCCUGCGUCGGAGCCUUCUCUGCAGAGCCCACCAGACACAAUUGUGCAGUUUACAGGAGGAAAGGCGUCUCUUCCUACCAACACAUUGGACUUAAUCCCUCAGUACCAACCGUCUUCAACUGGAACUUCCACGCCAGUUGUGUCAAUAUCCUCACCUUCUCUGUCCAGUCCGCCUGACAUUAUUGUGCAGUUUACAGAAGGAAAGGCGUCUAUUCCUACCAACCCAUUGUACCUCAUUCCACAGUAUCAGCCACCUACAGUUGAGACCUCUGUACUAUCUGUGUCAACAUCGUCACCUUCUCUUCUCAGCCCUCCAGAUAUAAUUGUACAAUUUACAGAUACAAAGGCGUCUGUUCCUACCAAUUCGUUGUACCACUCCCGAUCUGAGACCCCUACCGCCGCUACUACGCCCAGGCUUCGCAAACGAAAGAGCCCAAGCAUUGACCUUGAGCUCACUACUCGCACCCCAAAGCGCCGAAACUCCAGUGACCAUAAACACGAUCUGAGUUCUCCAACGCCAUCCUUCUCGCCCAGCCCUCACUUAAAGAUGACAUUGAAGUGCAAACGAAAGAGCUCUAGCGUUGACCUUGAGCUCACUACUCGCACCUCAAAGCGCCGAAACUCCGGUGACCAUAAACACGAUCUGAGUUCUCCAACGCCAUCCUCCCCGCCCAGUUCCCACUCAGAGAUGACAAUGAAGCGCAGACGAAACAAACUCGAUGAAGACCGAGCUUGCUCUUCCGCUGCUGAAAGCAUUGAUGGGGAUUCUACAACUUCCAAAUCCUCGCACUCCCUCUACUUAGAUAAUGGUUUGGUUUUCGAGUCUGAUCAAUACGACAGCCAGCGCCUAUCUGAAUCGCCCAGUCCCUCUCCUCCAUCACCCUUCCCUCCAAAACGGACCAAAAUACAUCCGAAGCAACAGACCAACCGAAAGAAGCAAGGGAGAAGCUCGCGUUCUACCAAGACUGCAGCUAAAGCUUCAACCAAAGCUCCCCCCGGACAGAAACAUCUGGACACCAAUGGAAAAGAGGAUUUUAGUCAUGAUGACGACUGCUAUGCUGAUGAUACCCUGAGUGAUGAAAGCGAUUACCAAAUCACAUCAGGCGAGCGAGAAGACCUGUUAAAUGAACUUACACGAGAAAGAGGUCAACGCCUGGCCAAGACGGUGGAAAUCCCUCCAGACUCUGGACUAGGACCAGUGCAGAUACAGCUCGUUCGCAAGCUAGCCACACGUGGCUGUAAGCCCGUCAUGUCUCGAUUCUGGUUCCGUGAUUUCGAUACUUGGCCCCAGUCACUGUUCUCCGAGGGAGACGUCGACUCCGAAGAUGAAGAUGGCGAGCUUCUAAUGUUCAGGUCACAGAACAUGUCAGAUAACUACGCCAUCAAGGCUCUCCAGGAGCUCUUUGCGGUCAGUGGCCGAGUGCGAGAUUGCUCGUUUCUGUCAGUGAAGCCCCAGUUUGUUGUGGGAAAAGCCAUUCGGCAGUACCUACACUGGGCGAUCGACGAUGCAGGUCUAAAGACCACUCGGCAAACAAUCCCGGUGCAUUGUAUUUGUCCCCAGAUCCCUGGGGAGGAAAUCUUCUCGACAAUAAUGAGAUGUUCGCGGAGACUGGAGAGACUGGGGAAGCAGCAUCAGAUUGCGCACGCUGGCAAGAAGGAGUUUUGGCCAACAAUGAUUGGCUUUGUGAUCGCAGGACCAAUUGUGUGUCUUCUGUCUCUAGAUACAGAUCCCACAUCUGAAGCGUGGUCACAAAAAGUCAACAUUGAUGGAGAGAGCCCGGCGAAGUAUUUGACCCAGUUCGACCUUUCCGAGCGGGAGCAGGAUGUUUGGAACUCCCUGGCAGUUGCGAUAUGUGUUGUUCAUCUACGGGACACACUUAUCAAGCUGGCCAGGGGUUACACUGGGAACCCUGCUGUUCCCAUUAUCCGGGGACUCGGGAAUGAGACCGACGACGAAGACAUUUAA